UUGUGAGUAACAUCCAUGAAACUUCCUCCAUGUGCAAGUAUGUCUCUGGGAAGUUUCCUCACACCAAACAACCACCUUCCUCACACCUCCAUUGAAGCUUCUCCUAAGCUUCCACCCAUCUUCCUCCCACCUUCCUAGUACCUAGUUUUGGUGCUAUAAAUAGAGAGCUUGGAGAGUCUUUCUAUCAUCAAGUAAAAUAGAAUAGAUCAUCAUAGCACAACCAAGAAGAGUUGUGAAUAUCCUUGAGAGAUAUGUGAGGUGUUGUUUUGAGAGUUUUUAGUUAGAGCUUGUAUGUCUCUUCUUUCUAUUCUUGAAAGUAAUAGAAGUGUUUUUCUCUCAUAUUAGCACGAUCCUGUUAUUCCCAACAAGUGGUAUCAGAGCAUGGUUGAGCUUUUGAUAUUUUUCCCAGAUUUUUUCAGAUAAAAUUCUACUGUCUGAAAAAUCGAGUUUUUCAGUAUUGCUCGGAAUUGCAAUAUGAAUAUACCGUUGGAUUCGUCUCGUCGAGACGAGAAAACUGGUAUUUUUGGGGAUUUUUUUGGCCACCGGAAGCUGCCGUACGCGCCGCCAAACGCCGGCCAAAAAAUGCAUGCGUCAUGCUGACGUCAUCACGCGCAGACAGAGGUUGAAGACAGCUGACGUCAUCGCUGACGUCAUCAGCCAGUCAGAGCUGCGUCAGCGACACGUCAGCGACACAUGUGCAGUCACAGCACAGUCAGCCGCCACGUCAUCAGCCAGUCAGAGCUGCGUCAGCGACACAUGUGCAGUCACAGCACAGUCAGCCGUCACGUCAUCAGUCAACUGUCAACUUUCACCAGUGCUCAGUCAGCUGCCACGUCAUCGCCCUAGUCACUGCCACGUCAUCUGCCACGUCACCGGUCAGUUUUUAAAUUUUUGAAAAAUUGCAGUUUGGUCCCUCAAUUUUUUGAAAAAUUAUAAUUUCGGCCUAUAAUUUUUCGAAAAUUGUAUUUUGACCCCGAAAGUGCCUACCCACCAUUUUCGGCCGUUCCGGACGCAACGGUGCUGCCCGUUUUUCAAAGUUUUGCUCCGAUUUUUCUGAAACAGAAAAUCAAAAUUAUUUGGAAGGUGAAAAUGACCUUUGACGAGUCAACUUCAUCUUCCGGAGCUAUGAUUAUGCUCACGGCUACCAACUACACGCUAUGGAAACCUUGGAUGGAAGAUUUCCUUAGCUGUAAAGACCUUUUUGAUCCAGUAGAGAUGAAAGGUAUUAAUCCUGACCCGGUCAAGUCAACGGAGUGGAAGAAAAUUAAUAGAAAAACUAUUGGUCAAAUCCGACAAUGGAUUGACCAUAGUGUCUUCCACCAUGUUGCACAAGAGACCGACGCUUAUGCCCUUUGGAAGAAGUUAGAAGAUAUGUACCAAGCCAAGACCGCUAGGAACAAAGCCUUACUGAUGAGGCGUCUUGUCAAUAUGAAGCUCAAAAGUGGAACUUCUGUUGCUGAACAUACUAGUCAAUUUCAGAGUCUGGCAAAUCAACUAUCUUGUGUAGAAAUGACACUUGGAGAUGAAAUGCAAUCUCUACUACUUCUUAGUUCCCUUCUUGAUAGUUGGGAGACACUAGUUGUUACUCUCAGCAACUCAGCUCCAGAUGGCAAACUUACCAUGUCUGUGGUCAAGGAUGCACUGUUCAAUGAGGAGGCAAGAAGGAAAGACAUGAGCACAGAUGAGACUCAUGCCCUUGUGACGGAGAAUAGAGGAAGAUCACAAGGAAAACAACAAAGAAACAGUAGAGGGAAAUGGAAAAGCAGAGGCAAAAGUCGGGGGAGAUCAUCAGAUGGCCGGAAACCUUCUUAUACCUGCCACCAUUGCGGUAUAGAGGGUCACAUGAAGAAGAAUUGCUACAAAUUGCUAGAGGAGCUAGGCAAGAGCAAUUCUCAAGCGAAGAACAAGGGUGGUGAAGCGCUCAUCACAAUCUCAGGUGAUGUGGCGUAUUGUACUGCCAAUGAUGAAACAUGUCUUCACGUCUCAAGAGAGGACACUGAAUGGGUGGUAGAUACUGCAGCAUCCUACCACGUUACUCCCCACAGGUACUACUUCACAACUUACAAAGCUGGAGACUUUGGAGCAGUGAAGAUGGGUAAUUCCAGUUCAUCUGAAAUAGCUGGAAUUGGUGAUGUACAAAUAAAGACGAGUUCUGGGAGCACAAUCACUUUGAAGGAUGUCAGACAUGUUCCAGACCUUCGUCUCAAUCUCUUGUCAGUGGUAUGUCUUGACGAACAGGGAUAUGAAAACCACUUCAAUAGGGGCACAUGGAAAAUGUCAAAGGGCGUUUUGACAAUCGCUCGAGGACAUGUUUGUGGCACAUUGUACAAAACUCAUUUGAGGAUUUGUACAGAUAGCCUCAAUAUUGCUGAGGAGAUUACUCAGAAUCUGUGGCAUCUGAGGCUCGGCCACAUCGGUGAGAAAGGGUUGACUACCUUGAUGAAGAAGAACCUUAUCAACAUCGACAAGAACGCUGCACUGAGUCCUUGCAGUCAUUGUCUGUUUGGUAAGCAACACAGAGUAUCAUUUAAUUCUACUUCAACUAAAAGAUCGGAGUUGUUAAGUUUGGUACACUCUGAUGUCUGUGGUCCUUUCGAGGUGGAAUCAAUCGGUGGAAGCAGAUUUUUUCUGACUUUUAUCGAUGAUGCUUCUCGGAAAGUGUGGGUGUAUUUCCUUAUUACGAAGGAUCAGGUAUUUGAGUACUUCAAGACAUUUCACGUCUUGGUGGAACGUGAAACGGGAAAGAAGCUGAAAUGUCUUCGAUCAGAUAAUGGAGACGAGUAUACUUCCAAGGCGUUCGAUGCAUAUUGUAGAGAAUAUGGCAUUCGACAUGAGAAGACAGUACCACGCACCCCUCAGCACAACGGCGUUGUUGAAAGAAUGAACCGGACUAUCAUGGAGCGUGUCCGGAGCAUGCUGAAUAUGGCUAAACUUCCGAAGUCAUUCUGGGGAGAAGCAGUCAACACCGCAUGCUAUCUUAUCAACCAAUCACCUUCAGUACCACUGAACUUUGAAGUUCCAGAGAGGCUAUGGACAGGUAAGGAUCCUACAUACUCACAUCUUAGAGUAUUUGGUUGUUCAUCGUAUGCACAUGUAUCCAAAGAGCUCAGGCAGAAGCUCGAUGCAAGAACUAUCCCAUGCAUUUUCGUUGGCUAUGGAAAUGAAGAGUUUGGAUACAGGCUAUGGGAUCCUAAGGAGAAAAAGGUGUUCAGAAGUAGGGAUGUUGUGUUCCACAAAGAUUUGACAAUAGAAGACAUUGAAAAACCCACAAUGUCUCGGAAGUCAAAUGAGGGUGUUCAAGUUUCAAAUGAAGUACCAGAAGAGGACAAAGUGCAUGAAGAUAACUCUGAAGCAGAAGAAGACGAGGAGACAGAAGAUAGUGCAGAGCAAGGGGAGACACAAUCCACCCCGCCAGACACAGAUGAUGGUAGCUCUUCUCAGAUGGUUCCUACUGUUCGUAGAUCUGAACGAGGGCAUAUACCAUCGACAAGGUACACAUCAUCCGAAUAUCUUUUGUUAACUGAAGAUGGAGAACCGGAGAGUUUUCAAGAAGCUGUAUCUCAUAAGGAUAAAGAAAAAUGGCUAAUAGCAAUGCAGGAUGAGUUAGAAUCUCUGCAGAAAAAUCAAACUUAUGAGAUCGUAGAACUUCCUAAAGGGAAGAAGGCACUAAGGAACAAAUGGGUGUUCAAGCUAAAGAAGGAUGCAAGCGGACAAGUGGUGAAACACAAAGCUCGGUUGGUUGUCAAAGGGUUCCAGCAGAAGAAAGGAAUUGACUUUGAUGAGAUCUUUGCACCAGUUGUCAAGAUGACCUCAAUCCGAGUUAUACUUGGCUUGGCAGCAAGUAUGAACUUGGAGCUUGAACAGAUGGAUGUGAAGACAGCAUUUCUUCACGGAGAUUUGAAAGAAGAAAUCUACAUGCAGCAGCCGGAAGGUUUUGAGAACUCAAAUGAUAACUUUGUGUGUAAGUUAUCUAAAAGUUUGUAUGGCUUGAAGCAGGCACCAAGGCAGUGGAAUAAGAAGUUUGACUCAUGCAUGAAGAGUCAACGCUACAAGAAGACUACUGCAGAUGAGUGUGUAUACAUCAAGAAGCUUCCAGACGGUACCUUCAUUGCUCUUCUACUAUAUGUAGACGACAUGUUGAUCGUUGGGAAAGAUGCAGUGAAGAUAAACCAACUGAAGAAAGAACUCUCUAAGUCUUUUGAUAUGAGAGACUUAGGACCGGCUCAACAGAUUCUUGGGAUGCAGAUCACUCGAGACAGGAAGAAUCACAAGUUAUGGCUAUCUCAGGAGAAGUACAUUGAACGGGUACUUGAGAGAUUCAACAUGAAUGAUGCCAAGCCAGUAAGUGUUCCACUUGUGAAUCACUUCAAGUUGAGCAAAAGAACAUGCCCUACAUCCAAGGAAGAGAUCGGGGAGAUGUCAGCAGUUCCAUAUUCUUCAGCAGUUGGGAGUUUGAUGUACGCCAUGGUAUGCACAAGGCCAGACAUCGCACAGGCAGUGGGUACAGUGAGUCGUUUUCUCUCUAACCCCGGGAAGGAGCAUUGGGAGGCAGUCAAAUGGAUUCUCAGGUACUUGAAAGGUACCACGAAGUUAUGUCUUUGUUACGGAGGAGCUGAUCCAGUCUUGGAAGGCUACACAGAUGCUGAUAUGGCCGGAGACACUGAUAGUAGAAAGUCUACUUCAGGAUAUAUCUACACUUUUGCAGGGGGAGCCGUUUCUUGGCAAUCAAGAUUGCAGAAGUGUGUUGCUUUAUCUACAACAGAAGCAGAAUACAUUGCUGCCGCUGAAGCAGGUAAGGAAAUGUUGUGGCUAAAGCGUUUUCUCCAAGAACUUGGGAUCCAGCAGAAAGAGUACAAGGUACAUUGUGACAGUCAGAGUGCUCUAGACUUGAGCAAGAACUCUAUGUACCAUUCUCGUACAAAGCAUAUUGACAUUCGGUAUCACUGGAUACGAGAGACGAUUGAUCAACAACUGUUGAGACUAGUGAAGAUCAAUACAAAGGAGAAUCCAUCAGACAUGCUGACGAAGGUGGUGACACGAGAUAAGCUAGAGCUAUGCAGAGACAUAGUCGGGAUGCUUGUUUUGAAUAUGCCUGGAAGGGGAGAAUUGAAGAAUUCAAUUUCCAGGUCAUAUCCAAGUACAAGCAAAUUGAAGAAUCCAAUUGUGAGUAACAUCCAUGAAACUUCCUCCAUGUGCAAGUAUGUCUCUGGGAAGUUUCCUCACACCAAACAACCACCUUCCUCACACCUCCAUUGAAGCUUCUCCUAAGCUUCCACCCAUCUUCCUCCCACCUUCCUAGUACCUAGUUUUGGUGCUAUAAAUAGAGAGCUUGGAGAGUCUUUCUAUCAUCAAGUAAAAUAGAAUAGAUCAUCAUAGCACAACCAAGAAGAGUUGUGAAUAUCCUUGAGAGAUAUGUGAGGUGUUGUUUUGAGAGUUUUUAGUUAGAGCUUGUAUGUCUCUUCUUUCUAUUCUUGAAAGUAAUAGAAGUGUUUUUCUCUCAUAUUAGCACGAUCCUGUUAUUCCCAAGACGCGAUACAACGAGUGGAUUCAGUCUAGAUACAAAUAGAACAACGAGUGGAUUGAGAAUAAUAUGAUAAAAAGACGUGAUUCUAAGUGCUCUAAAUUGGUUCAUAGAAAGGAGCUUUGGGAAUUGGGAACAUGAUUAUUUAGAAUUAUAAUUAUUGGGAUGUCUUUGUUUGGACUCUUUUCCGUCUCAAACCAGAUCAGUCAUGAGAAGGGAAACUGCAAGCCAAAUGUAUUUGUUGAUGGCCUCUGUAAAGCAGCUGGUAAGCUGCUUUACUUAUUGGAUGAGAAGGGAAACUGCAAGCCAAAUGUAUUUGCACAUAGCGCUGUUAUUGACUCGUGUAAGGAUAAAAUGGUUCACAAAUGCUCUUGGCAUUUUAGAGAAGAUGACAGGAAAGGGCAUUCUUCCCACUAACUGAUUGGCUCUGCAAAUCGAGACGAUGGGAAGAGGUCAGAGAGUUGCUGAAGAGAAUGAUAGAUGGUGGCAAAUCGAGAACAUCCAGAUCUGUUCAGGUAUAGAUGGAUUCUGUAAGAAUGAUCUUAUUCCUCAAGCGCUUUCCUUAAUGAAUGAUGGCAGCUGAGAGCCCUGCAUGUCCCCAACAUAGUAAGCUAUAACAGUCAUAAAUAUGCUAUUUAGUGAUGGAAAGCCCAGCAGUGCAGUAGAAUUAUUUAAUGCCCUUCCCUCAAAAGUGUGAAAGCUGAGAAAGCCGGAUAGAAGAUUUAAAAGAUAUUUUGCGGAGCAUGGAGGAAAACGGUUGCAUGCCAGUAGAACAUGUGAGACUAUACUCGAGACUAUCUUGCGAGAUGGACCAGAUUCCCCUUUGCAUAUGCUUAUGAAUUUUAAAGCUUCACAUAGAAAGCGCGGUUGUUAGGAAUGACAUCCAUUGUCUUUUUGAAGCUUUAAUGAAUCAGGCUUGCCCUGCAGCUCCUUGUCGGUGGUGGCAAUCCCUGAAGAAACAUUCCUCAUAGAGUUUAUUAGAUUUUCAUACCAGAACUCAUUAAAGUGUGAAGAAAUGAUGGAUCAAUGUAAACAACUUCAUACAUUUGUCUCUCUGAGGCACUGCAAUGGCAAAAUACAAAAGCACACUUAUUCAGAAAAUCUACAUGUGUCUCCAAAACUGAAUGGAGCUAAAAUGGAAGGUGGUAGAUAUUCGGUUGAUUUGGGUAACCUCCAAUGCAAUCGAAGGAACGGGAUUGGAAGGAAGAAAUCCCGCAAAGGUAAAGAACAUGCCGGUUCUUCAUCUCAAAGCCGAGAUGAUUUUGAAACGGGUUACCAAAGGCGAGAUGGAGAUGCGAUGUCCGAAGAACAACUCCAACAAGAAUUGGCCCGACAUAAUAACCACUUUCUACAACAACAACAAAUGCCGACGACCAUUGACGAAGAGGAGCUUGAGGAUGAAGAUGCGGAGGAAUUGGAACCGGAGACGGCCGAGGAGGAGGGUGCCGGCAGCCACGACGCCGACGAGCCCGCCUCAUCCCAAACCGCCACCGGUAAUAAAAAAAUUAAGUCUGAACUAAUGAAAAAUAAUUUUGAUAAAUGGAAGGACCCGCAAACCGGCUAUUGGCACGCAACUUGCAAGUGGUGCAACAACAAUUAUAGUUUGGGAACCUCCGGCGGAUACGGAUCCGCUGCAAGGCAUCUUAAGGCAAAGCACCCCGUGGAGUAUGCAAAAUUAGGCGGCGGAACGGGGAAGCAAACUCAAAUAUCGAGGUUUGCGAAUUCUCAACCUUUUGGUAAUUUCUCCUACAAUGAUGCACAAAAUUUGAUUGGUAUGACUAACUUAAUUUGUGAAGAAAAUUUGCCUUAUUUGUUUUCUGAAAGUCUUGCUUUAAGAGAUUAUGCACAAGGUAGUUUAAAUCCUCAAUUUAGAAAUUAUAGUCGCAAAACUGUUGAGAAAGAAAUAAUAAGGCUUUAUAAUGCGGAAAAGGUAAGAUUACAAAAUUUUUUUGCAAACUUUGAUGGGCGUGUUACUAUUUGUUCUGACAUAUGGGAGGAUGAUUUUCAUCAUUUAUAUUAUUUGGGUCUGACUGCACAUUAUAUUGAUGAGGAUUGGAAUAUGCAUAAACGUGUUCUUGCUUUUCGUGAAUUUAAUGAUCGUCACACCGCUGAACAUAUUUAUAUUUUGAUUGAGCGUAUUUUAAUUGAGUAUAAUUUGAUUGAUAAGGUGUUUGCUAUUGGUUUCGAUAAUGCUACUAAUAAUACUGCUGCUAUACCUAGAUUGCGUGAGUUGUGUGGUGCCAAUUCUUUGAUGGGUAGAUUUUUUCAUCAACACUGUGCAUGUUAUGUUAUAAAUUUAUGUGUGCAAGACGGUUUAAAAGCGUUAGGAGAUUCCAUAGAGGUAAUAAAGGGGGGAUUAGACGUAUUUGGGGUAAUGGUCAACUUAGAUUAAAAUGGCAAAGUUAUUUGACUGAAAGAGGUGUGAGAUAUGUUGCUUUUCCUAAAGAUUUGAGUAUUCGUUGGAAUAGUACUUAUAAAUUACUUAAAGUUGUUCUUAGAUAUAAAGAACAUUUUCCUACUUUUUUAAAAGAACAUGAUAACUAUAUUAUAAACGCGGCUGAGAUCGACACUUGCGAAAAAAAUUGUAAUGUUUUGAUAUUUUUUUUAAUGCUACUGAAACUUUUAGUCAUGUUUAUAAACCUACCGCAAACCAAUUUAUUCCACAAGCUGUUAAUCUCGCCGAUGCUUUUAAAGAAUUUCAGAAUGCCGUUUUCGUUCAUUAUUUUUGUGAUCAUAUGAAGGAAAAGUUUUUAAAAUAUUAUGCGCAUAUUCCCCAUAUUUAUGGUAUUGCAUUUAUUCUCAAUCCUCGUUAUAGACUUGCUAAUUUGGAAGAUUGUUUCAACUUCUAUUAUCUUGCGUUUUUCGGUGAAUUUCCAAUGUAUGACGAUAACCCCAUAGAUCCGAAAACGGAAUACAACGAGGUUAGUACUUUAUUUUAUGCCUUAUUUAAUGAGUUUCGUGCACAAUAUAGCAACGCUCCCCCUCCCCCGUCACGAACAUCUUCAUCUAAAGGAAAAUAGAUUUUUAAAUCUGCAUUUGGCAAUCUUAUGAAAAAAACUAAAACAACUCACGUCACUGAACAAAGCGCAUUGAAUGAGAUUACUUUGUAUUUAACAUAUGAAGUUGAUUUUGAAGAAAAUGAUGACUUUGACGUUCUAGACUGGUGGAAGUCAAAAGAAAGAACGUUCCCGAUUUUAGCACGGAUGGCUAAGCAAGUACUAUCAAUGCCGGUUUCAACAGUUGCUGUGGAACAAGAAUUUAGUUCGGCCGGCAACGUCCUAACGGCAUCUAGAUCGAGAUUGAGCGCGGAGUCUCUUGAGACGCUUAUAUGCUACCACGAUUGGUUGAAGGUCGCACGUAGAACUCAAGAAUUGAGCAUCACCCCCUCCCAAGAUUUUAUGGAUGACUCAACAACCGAUGGUGGCUCUACCUAUGCCGGAGAUUCCGAUUGAUUAGUAUUUUAGAAUUUAUUAUAAAAUGUAUUUUA